CGCAUAAUGGCGUACUGCAACGAUGUAUUCAAGUGACUUUUUUGAUAAUUAAUAUUGUAACAUUUCGCCAUAAUGAGUUUUUGGAUUUUCGAAAAAAUUACCAAAAGAAUUCAGGACGACAUGAGCGCCGCCAUCGAAAACUAUCAUUCCUCAUCCUUGAGUAGAGAAGCUUGGGACAAUACCCACAGAUAUUUAAAGUGUUGUGGAAUAAAAUCCGCAAAGGACUGGACCAAGUAUCGUGUUGAUAUUCCGAAGAGUUGUUGUCUCGGAUCUAUCGAAGAAUGUUUACAAAUGACGGAAGCGGUAUCUUAUAAAUCAGGAUGUCUAAAAAACGCUGUGUUAUUACUCAAGUCUCAUAUGCACACGAUUAGUAUGUCCGUGCUGUUGAUUUUUAUAACUACAGUGAGUCGAACGAUUCCUCCCAUCGAAUGUAGACAGUUCAAAAACAUUUCAAUUGACUUUUCAUUUCAGUUAAUGAGUUUUCUUCUCGUGCUCUGUAUACUUGCUAAAAUGAAGAAAGAAGAUUGAAGUUCGAAAUCAAAAAAAAAACAUCAGAACACACGCAAAACAAAAUAUUUUAUUCGGAAUGAGACGAAGGUGAACGAGGAUCAAUGACUCGUAGAUGAGAGAAUAACAAACUAUAAAACGUUUUCCCGCUUUUAUUAUCAUAUAUAGAUCAUAUAUUUUCUGAAAACACUUAAUAUAUUGUACUUAUGAUAGUAAUAUUGUAAUUGUUACUGGACAUGCUGGUUGGGUUUUCGCGACACACGUGUACGACAACGGAAUUUGUUUCGAAAAAAAUUUCGUUUCUUUCUGUCUCUCUCUCUUUCUCUAAUAAAUGGAACCAUCGAUCGAUGGAUGGCAGUUCGAGAUGGCAGUCGUUGAAAAAUUUUCUUUUCAUCGCGCGAUACGGAUGAAAAUAAUAAUAAGUUUAUAAAAAUUGUCUGACCAUCGUUCGCUUUCAUCCUCGAAAAUGGGCUUUUUGUAUUGCACACCGAAUUUACC